CUUUCCCAGAUGCUCCAGUCAGGAUGUGGCUGUACCUUCUGUGUGGCGCCACCUUACUGAUAGCGUAUGUACUGCACACACUGCUCACCACCUCAGGCAGCAGUUAUGGAGGCAACAGUCUGGAGGCAUUCAUAAGUCAUGAAGGUGACCCAGAAACAGAUCAGUUGAUUGACACAUCUGCAGACAGAUACCUGGUGAACUACACCGACCCUGGGAAACAAGUCCUGGUCAUGUUUGGCACUGAAUAUGGCUGUAGUGAGGAGGUGGCCAAAAAACUCUUUGACAGUGUUGCAUCCCUGCGACUAGAUGGCAGCGGUGCACGGCUCCAGCCCAGACUGGUGAAUGCCCAGCAGCACAGUGCAGUGGACUGGAGUCAGGAGUGUGUGCUGCUGCUGGUCAUAUCCACCAGUGGGGAUGGUGUUCCACCAACGGAUGCAAGAGACUUUUAUGACUGGAUGUUGGGCACACAAGACGUGGAAAUGUCUCAUCUGCACUACUCUGUCUUAGCCUUGGGAGACUCGAACUACCCACACUUCUGUAGGACUGGAAGAAGUCUGGAUAAAAGACUGACAGACCUGAGAGCCACCCAACUUGUGCCCCGCUCUGACGUGGACCAGGAAGACUGGAGUGUCAUAGACUCCUGGGUGGAUGCAGUCCUGGAUGUGCUGCCUGCUGUUGCCAUAGAAACCAAACUGGACUACCUCUCGCUUGACGCAGUGUCCUGUGACCAGGCAUACAACAGAACAAGGCCUUUUAUGGCAACUAUGAUGGUGAAAAGAAACCUGACAGUACAGGAGACAGAGGAGGACAAAGAGACCAUCCACUGUGAGUUUGACCUGACUGGAAGUGGCUUGACCUUCACAGCAGGAGAUGCGUUGGGAAUCUAUCCACAGAAUAACCCAGCUGAAGUCAGAGCAGUGCUGAAAGCCCUGCAGGCAUCAGGAACAGAAAUGGUGGUGCCUCCAACAUGGGUGUAUCAGCCUCAACCAGCUGGGAAAAUUUGUCUGGAAGAGGCGUUGAUUAAGUACUAUGACCUGAAGCAUGUCAACCCAGAACUUGUCAAGCUCCUCACCAAACACACGUCGGACAAGAGGGAGAGAAUAGAGGGAGAAAGACUGCUGAAAGAUGGGCUGUCCAAAAGCAACAUUGUCCUCUGGAGCUACCUUCAGUCCAACGAGGUGGUAGAUGUGCUGAAGAAGUUCCACAGAGCCCACCCACCCCUACAUCUGCUGCUAAGCAAGCUGAAGGGCCUUCAGCCAAGAUACUACUCCAUAGCCUCUUCUCCUGUACUGGACCCAGAGAAGGCCAGUAUAACCGCUGCAGUGCUACGAUACAGUCUACAUGGAAUCCCUCGUGCAGGGGUCACCACUACAUACCUUCAGGACAGGCUCCAGGUCAACCAUUCAUGUCCUGUCUUCAUCAGCCAGAACCCUGACUUCAGGUUGCCUAGCAACAACAACCUGUCAAUCAUCAUGAUUGGCCCUGGAACAGGCAUUGCACCAUUUAUGGCUUUUAUACAAGAAAGAGUUGCUACAAGUGCAUCAGGAGACAACCUUCUCUACUUUGGUUGCCAACAUAGAAACAAGGAUUUUCUCUACAAAAAUGAACUAGAAACUUGGGCCAAAAAUGGGAGCUUGAGACUAAGAGUUGCCUUCUCCAGAGAUCAAGACAAGAAAGUUUAUGUGCAAGACCUGCUUAGGAAGGAUGCCAAGGAAAUUUUGAGACAUCUUCAGAAUGGAGCUCACAUCUACGUGUGUGGUGAUGCCAGACACAUGGCACAUGAUGUGCACCAGGCACUGACAGACAUAUGUCAGGAACAGGGAGACAUGGACUCUGAACAGGCCAGGACAUUCCUACUGGAGCUAGAGCAUGCAAACAGAUACCAGAAGGACGUGUGGGUAACCUGA